AUGUUCCUCGCAUGUUCCUUCAUCGGUGUUCUCGUGGCAAGGCAUAACGAACACCAUCCUACUCGUCCCGAAACAGUGCGGAACCACGAUGCCGAGAUUUCAGUGCUCUUCCUACGCGGACGGUCACCUCGACUGCGUAACCACCACAUCUCAAAGCACACAAUGGCUGCAAGUGCCGUCCUGUUGGAGCUGCGUAUGGGAGCCACUCCACCUACUGCAGGGUGGCAGGCUGAUGCGACGAGGACCGGGGCAGACAGGCGGCGAUUGCCAUGA